AAGUCAGAUUUGAGUCUUCCUGAUCCUAUCUCUCUAUACAGUAAGCUACCUAAUAUAGGUGGUAAAUUGAUACAUAUUUUGGAGGGUAUAAUGAAUGCUUGGAUCAAUAUAUUUGGGAGAUAAAGCUAGAAAAGCAGAUCAGAAGUCCUUGAAUGCCAGUGUGGGGGCUUUCGUUGGGAAUGCUCUCUGAGGUUGUGAUUCUUACUAAAUGACUCAUCUUUUUUUUCCUCCCCUUCUUGCCUUCUCUUGCCUCAUGGAACCUCUGUUCUUUGCCUGCUUCCUUCCCUUUCUGCCCAACCGCUGCUGCUGCUGCGAAGUGAUUCUCUGCUUCCCCUGUGCCCACGCUGUCUGGGCCUGUGUUCGCACCUGUCCCACUGGCUGCACCUGCACUCAGGAGCGCAGCUGCUCCGUGUUGUGUGACAGGACGGGCCUCCUGCAGAUCCCCAGUGAGUUCCCUUGUGAGGCUUCCUUCAUCAACCUGGACAAGAACGGCAUCAAAUUCCUGGCAGAGCGGGCCUUUGGGACCCUGCCCUCCCUCCGACACCUGUCCCUGAGUCACAACAACAUUUCCUUCAUCACUCCAGGGGCCUUCAAGGGGCUGCCUAACCUAGUGGAGCUCAGGAUUGCCUACAAUGAGGACAUCCGCUACCUGCACACAAAGACUUUUGCUUUCCUCCGACGCCUGGUCAGGCUGGACGUGGCAGGCUGCAACCUGUUCAGCAUCCCUGACCGAAUCUUUGUGGACCUCCCUGCCUUGCAGGAGCUUUCCUGCUUCCAGAACCACUUCCGUCGGGUGCCCUGGGCAGUCAGGGGGAUGCAGAACCUGACCCAUCUCUACCUGGAACGAAACUGGAUCGAAGCCAUUGCCUACAAUUCCCUGCAGGGCCUGGGCCGGCUGCACUCCCUGAGUCUGCAAGACAACAGGAUCAGUGUGGUGCAUGCAGGUGCAUUCCAGGACUGCCAGCGGAUGGAGUACCUCUACCUGAACGACAAUCUCCUCCACAGUCUCCCAGGGAGCUCCUUCAAGGGCCUGAGCCACCUAAAGAUGCUCAACCUCGGGGGCAACUCCCUGAGCCAAGUGUCCAGGGACUGGUUCCAGGACCUGGUGGAGCUGGAAGUGCUCUAUCUGGACAGGAACAGGAUACAGUCCAUCGAGGAAGGGGCCUUUGAGAACCUCACCAGCCUCAUGGCCCUGCACCUCAACAGCAAUAACCUCACCUCCUUGCCCUUCUCCGUCUUCCAGCCGGUCUACUUCCUGGGCCGUCUCUACUUGUUCCGGAACCCGUGGCACUGUGACUGCCAGUUGGAGUGGCUCAAGGAAUGGAUGGAGAGUUACGGGCUCGUCCGGGACGUCACUUGUGCCUCUCCAUCCUCUGUGGCCAGCGGAGACCUGAGCUUGGUGGACUUUGGCCGGUCCCAGGAGGGGCUCUGCCUGGACCCCGAGGAGCUGAACCUCACAGCCCCCAGCGAGGCCCCCUCGGAGGGGCCUCCCUCAGCCACGGAGAGCAGGUUCAGCAGCCUCAUCUCCAAGCUCCUGUCCCCAAGGGCUCCUCCAGAGGAUGUGGCCAACGGCACCUUGGGCUUGGCCAACAGCUCUCUCCUGGAGAGCCUUUCCUCAGGCCUGCGGGGGAGGCCGGGAAGCAAGGCCUUGACGUUUUGGGCCUUGCUUCACCUAUUUCUAUGUGAUAUAGUGACAAGACUGAGCGUGGGAUAAAUUCCCACAGCGUUCUGGGAAAGCAGAUACUGAGGCACUCCAAACCACGCUGAUCCGGGGUGGUUGGGACUGAUCUCUGGUUGGCAGGGGAUCGCUGGGAGUGGGGCCGAAUAGCCGCAGGGAGAGCAACCUGGGAAAUGCUGUUCUGACCCCUUCCCACACCCCAAAGACAAACAAUCUCAGCAACUUCAUCAGAGAGGAAUAGAAGAUGAAUUUACUUAGAGCUCUGUGUUUAGUGUUCCACGUUUUACCCAAGGUGGCCUUUUGCCGAUGAUCUAUGAUUGUGGCGGUUGUCAUGGUUUGUUGAGUUGUAUUUAACUCUUCAUGGCCAUUGCCUGCCAGGGCUGCGCAAAGGGUUUUCUUGGCCAAGAUGCAGGAAUGAUUUCCUAUCUCCUUCUCCACUGGAUUAAAGCAAUCAGAAAGUACUAGUUUGAGGCCAAAUUUGAACUUGAGGCUUCCUGAUACUAAGCCCAGCCCUCUAUCAAUGAAGCUAUCUCACUGCCUCCUAUGAUUUAUAUGUAUGUGAGGGGUGUGUGUAUAAUAUAUACACACAGAUAUAUGUGUAUAUAUAUGUGUGUGUGUGUGUGUGUGUGUGUGUGUGUGUAUAUACACACAUAUAUGGCAGAUUGCUUAUGAGACUUGUCUGAAAGUCUCCAGAAAGUAUCCCUCUCCCCAUAACAUCUCCCUCACUCAAGGAUUUUAGAUUCUGACAUUCCUACCAUAGGAGGUUUUUUCUUUGGGGAUAAACAUUGCCCUCUCUUAACUCCUUUUUUGAAGAAAUCCAGUACUUUUUAGUAUAAAUCAAUUAGUUUCCUUUCCUUCCUGAAAUGGGGAAAGGGAUUGGGGUGCUACAAAAGUGGAACCAGAUGAGGAUAAUGGAGGUACAGAUUACUGAAAUGACUGGCUGGGGGAAGGCACAGAAAGGAUAGUAGAGAGAGAAUUGAUGGUGAAUACAAAAUUGACUUCAAUUUCUUCAAAAGAGGAGCUGAGAGGGCAAUGUUUAGCCCUAAAGAAAAAAAGAAUUCCUUAGGUGGAUCUUUUAAUAAGGGAAGACAGGAUGGAGGCAGAAUCUGGUCCUUUGCGUGUUUUAUUAUUUGUCAACUGUAGAGAAGAUGUUGCACUCCCAAUAUUUGGGAGAUGGAAAUUUAAAGUUUUUAUUCCAUGAUAUUUGACUAUGAGAAGGAACUCAUGACUGCCCAGUGACAGUGCAGAAAGCCAUCUCUAUACUUGCCUGAUCCCUUUACCCCCAUCCCAGGGCUAUUAAUGGCUUUUCCCAAACCCUUCAACAACAAUGUUCAGAAAUAGAAAAAAUCUAAUAGUUGGAAUAAGAAUGGAUAGAAAUGGACUGCUCUUGGAUAAUUCCAGAAAUUUGUAACAGCACUCUUGUGGUUUUUAUUUUUAGUUUUAAGGCAUAGACUGAAGAAGAAAACCUUUGGAAAUAUCAUACAGGGGCUGAGUAUAUUAUUCCUUAUUUCUUCUUUCCAAGCAGGAAGAUCAAAAGCUUCCCACUAAUUUGCAGGCAUUCUAUGCCCAAUUUACUGCCCUAAACACCAUCAGAGAUUCCCAAGUUGAAUGUCCUUGUGUUCUUUUUAUCCAAAAUAAAAAGAGGAGCCACAUGAGUUUUAUCAGUCAACCAAUAAACAUUUGUUAAGUGCCUAUUACAUGCCAGGCACUGCGUUAAACACUAAGUAUUAAAAAAAGGGACAAAAAUAAUUAGUUCUUGCCCUUAAAAAGUUUACAGUCUAAUGGCUUAUCAGAUGCUUAAUAAAUGCUGAUGUGACCUAUCUAGUGCAUAGGAUUUUGGAUUUCCAGGGUAUUUACAAGUUAAUAUUAAAAUAAUCCUUUGAAUGCAUUGAAUUCUUUGUAUAAUGGAAAGCUGUUUUUCAAGGCCCAACCUUGCUUUGCUUAUUGCACAGUUAAAGGGUUGAGCUGAGGAAGAUCUGAAGGAAAUAAUAUUUCACCCAGCCACUGGAAGCUUAGUAUUAAGAAUUUUUAAAAAGGUAUUAAUUGAACAUGCAUUUUUAAUAGUUUGUUUUUCUAUAGGUUGUUAGGCAGGAUUUUUAAAAAAUAUGUUACAUAAAAUAAAUGCUGAAGGUUAGUUUUGUUUUCAAUGUAUUAUUUCAAGAAGAGAUUAUUUCAUGUGCAAGAAUCAGUGGAAAUCAGGUCAGAAAAACCAUUUACUCCAAUCAUAUACAAUGGGAAGCUAUGGAAGGGAUGGCUUGAGUCAUUGAGACUUGUUUUUUGCAUCUUGGUAACGAUGGAAAUUCAGGGUAAAGCUAUCAGUCUAGAUUGCCAAGGAGUAGAAUGUCACCUAGAGAAAAAUGUUUUUCAUUAUUUUUGACCCAGGAGGGUUUGAGGUAUCAACUUUAAUAUGUUUUCUUGGUACUGACUGGCUGGCUGGCUGGCUUGCUUUUUAGAGAUACAGUUUUUAUAUUGGAAGUUUUUGAACAAGUAUCAAAACCUAAAGCUCCUCUUGGGAGGUUUUUUUUUUUUUUUUUAAAUAAAGUUAACCAGAAUUCCAGUAGAAUUGUGGGUAAAAUGGGCUGGCAGCCACAUAAUGAAUCAUGAGUAACCUGGAGUGAGCUUUUAGUGAAUUGUAAGCCAUUAUGACCUUGAUCUAAGAGGCAAAAGCACUCCUAUUUUCAGGAGUUAAUUUUUUUCAGGCCAUUAUGGUGCCUCUUUGAACCUCGAGGAAGAUAGAAUAAUAAAAUGGUCCUUGUUCAGGAUUACUGUGUCUUCAAAAUGUAUCAUUUACUUCAUCUGCUAGAAUAAAACUGAUAGUUGUUAAAAAUGACAAGAACAUUAAGUGGCUGAUCUGGGAGGAAGAAAACUGGGCAAUGCCUUCCUGAGGUCAGGUAGGAUUUCUUGCCAUUUCCACUACAUUAGGCUUUCCAAGAAAAAGAAAACAGAGAGAGAAAAGAUUCAUGUUUCACGCAUUAAAAAAGUGGAGGGGUCCUACAAUUCCUUUCUUAUUCUCCCCGUCCCUUCCCCAGUGGAAGAGCCAGCUGGCAUUAGUUUUUUUUCUUAGGCUAUUUUUAUAAGAUCUAGUAAUCUCAUUGUAAGCAAUGUUGUUAUAGUGAUGUAGUUAUGACUAUAUGUUUUUAAUAGGCAAAGGUGUUUAAAAAACAAAACAUAACAAAGCAAAAUAAAGCUCAUCAAAGCUUAGUGACAAUCCAAGUCUGUUGAGCCCUAGAAGCUCAGGGCAGUUAUUUCUCCAUCCUUCCAUCCACAUAUGAGAGUCUAAGUGUGUUUUAAAGGUGUGUGCUUGGAGAGAGGAGGAGUACCAUUUUAAUAGAUUUGGGUCCCAGAACAGCUCAGUGCUUCAGACCUUACUUUCAUUUGUGAUUAAACUAAACAGAAUUUUCAAGGUUCAGGGAAAUAUCUGUACAAUCAUUUUUAGAGGAAGUUCUCUGAAAUCCUCCAUCUGUUAAAAAAAAGUAUAUUUUACUGAUGAAAGGUACAGAUAAACUAUGUAAUUAUCUCACAGUCAGACUUAUUGAAAUGGUAGCAGACAGGUCAGAAGAAUUAGAUAACCUUAGAGGUUUUUUCCAAACUUUAUUUAUAGAUUCCAUAAACAGUAGUUAUUUGUAAAUUCUAAUAUACAAUAGUAGAAAAACUUAUUUUGAGAUGUCUGAGAAAAUAGGUUCAAAACCUUUGUUACUUUUUACUUGCUUCAUUUUGGGUAAUUUUCUUCAUUAUUUAGAUCCUGACUGGCUUCUCUAUAAAACGAACACUGGUUUGUUUGGCCUCUGAGGUCUCUCUCAGAUUGAAAUCUAUGAUUCUAUGAUUCCAGUCCUGGGAACAUAGGAAGGUGAACAACUUGAUUAUUUGUCAGAUUCAUGUGGAUUUGUUUGUAAAGGUUUGAUUCCCUACUUAUUUUCAGGGAUUUAGGAUUCAAGAAAUAACUGCUUUAUUUAAAUCCUCCUUAUUCAUAUAUGAAAUCUAGAGAAGUGAGAUUAAAAAUGCAGAAUGUGAAAAUGAAUUAUUUUGAACAUUGAUCAAGACUUAACACUAAUGUGAACACUGUCCUGAAAACUUAAGAGUAAAAAGGGUGUUUCCAGGACCUUCAAUUAAUGAGAGUUGUUAGGUUCCCCAGAGACUUUGCAGAACCUUACAAGUUAAUAAAUAUUAAUGUGAAUAGCUUUGAAUGAUUCUCCUUGUGUCUUACACCCAAACCCAUUAUAAAAGUCUCCAGUGGAGUGGAAAACAACAGGAAAGAUUCUUAAAGUGCUGAAAAUUUGAACUAAAUUUUUACUGUAUCUCUUCUCAGUUGCAGUAUGUGUUCAAGAGGGUUGCUGGCUAAUUUGUCUGGAAUCUAGAUAAGGUACCUGAAUAGCUAGGAUAUAGAACCUUGGUUUGGGCAGGAAAGUUAUGAUUUGAUAGUUUUUUUUUUUCAUGUCUGACUCUUUGUGAACGGAAUUUUUUCUUGGCAAAAAUA